UGCGCUUUCUGUUGGAUGCUGUCGCCGCGCUGAAUGCGUAAGGACGGGCCGAGAAAUGUCCCAGAUGCUGCACAUCGAGAUCCCCAAUUUCGGGAACACCGUGCUGGGCUCCCUGAACGAGCAGCGCCUGCUGGGCCUCUACUGCGAUGUCUCCAUCGUGGUCAAGGGCCAGGCCUUCAAGGCCCACCGGGCGGUGCUGGCCGCCAGCAGCCUCUACUUCCGGGACCUCUUUAGCGGGAACAGCAAAAGCGCCUUCGAGCUGCCCAGCUCGGUGCCGGCUACGUGCUUCCAGCAGAUCCUCUCCUUUUGCUACACGGGGAAGCUGACCAUGGCGGCCAGCGAGCAGCUGGUGGUGAUGUACACGGCGGGCUUCCUGCAGAUCCAGCACAUUGUGGAGAAAGGGACGGAUUUGAUGUUCAAAGUCAGCUCCCCGCACUGUGACUCUCAAACGGCCAUGACCGAAGAGGCUGGCGGCUCGGAGCCCCAGAGCCCCUGCAACCCCGUGCAGAUGCCCUCCAUGCCUUACGUCAUGUCCCCUUCGCUGCCCAUCCCGCUCCUCACCCGGGUCAAGCACGAGAACCUGGAGCAGCAGGCGCCGCUGCCGGCCAAGCGGGCCUUGGAGGGGGGCCUGCGCGACGCGGCGGCGGGGGGCUCCUCCAGCACCACGGCGGUGAAGCUGUCCCGCGUCUCCUACUACGGGGUGCCCAGCCUCGGCCCGCUCAUCUCCAGCAUCCCGCAGGCGCCGUACGGCCAGGGGGAGCGGACGAGUCCCGGGGCCAGUAGCAUCCCAACCACGGACAGCCCCACGUCGUACCACAACGAAGAGGAUGAGGAAGAUGACGAAGCCUACGACACCAUGGCGGAAGAGCAAUACGGGCAGAUGUACAUCAAGUCCACGGGGGGCUACGCAGGGCCUCCAGAGAAGACGGAGCAAAUCCCCGUGGAGAGCCGCUCCUGCGUCCUCAUCCGGCGUGAUCUGGUAGCUCUUCCGGCCAGCCUGAUCAGCCAGAUUGGUUACCGCUGCCACCCGAAGCUCUACUCGGAAGGCGAUCCUGGAGAAAAACUUGAAUUGGUUGCAGGUUGUAUUGUCAGAAUUUUGCCCCCAGUUUCAAGGAGAGCGAGAUGAACGUCAUCGCGGCCGACAUGUGCACGAACGCCCGCCGGGUGCGGAAGCGGUGGCUGCCCAAGAUUAAGUCCAUGCUGCCCGAGGGGAUGGAGAUGUACCGCUCCGUCAUGGGCUCCACCACCGCCAACGUCCUCCUGGACCCCGAAUUCCAGCCGUCCAGCGCGCAGAUGUUUGAGCAGCGGAUCUAUGCAGAGAGGAGAGGGGAUUCCGGGACGAUUGUGGCCCUCAGAACUAACACCGUCACGGUCGACCGGAGCAACGGGACCGGCCCUUUGUUUGAGCCGAGCGAGGAGGGCGAAGGGGCCGGCUCGGUCAUCCAGGAGUCGGCUGGCCCAGAAGCCAUGGCUUCCGAUACCCAAAGCACCUCACAGCCCUUCGAAGAAGGAUCGGGGUCCCCCGGGCGGCCGGAAACUCCUGCGGGGCGGCCGGAGGCGGCCUACGGGGCCCCCUUAUGAACUAGACCGCCGAGGGUGGAGUCUACCGCCCUCUGGAAGGAUCUGUAACCCUAAAGCUGCUUGCAUGUUCUUAUUAAUUACCAGAAGCAAAACGAAACCAAUCCCAUUACGAUCAAAC